AUGAAAAAUAUUGGAGAUUGGGGUCAUGAAUAUAUUCGUCAGCUAGAAAAGGAAAUAAUACAACAGUGGUCAUUUACUUGUGAUACCAAUAUAAAAAUGUUAAUGCCGCUUAUUAAUGAUAUUAUAAAUUUCAACUGCAAUCAUCACGCUGAAAUACAAGCCUGUGAUCUUUUAAUGGAAAUAGAUCUGCUUCAUAUGCUGUCUCAAUAUAUGGCAAAAAAUACUUACCAAAGAAUGUGCAUGUACUUAAGUUCUUGCUCUAAAUAUGUGGAUGAAAUGGAGAGGACUAAAAUAAUGAAAUUAACUUGUGAACAAUAUUUAAAAUUUCACGAGUAUUCUAGAUCUCUCAUUGCAGCUAUUCAAAUGAAUGAUAAUGAAAUGGUUAAUAAAAUAUUUUCUAUAUGUAAAGAUAGAUCGACAUUUUACUGCCCUAAGUAAUUCAGCCCAUAAGUAAGUGAGCUACCUACUUCUAAUACUUCU